AUGGAUUUCUUGAAUCGUAAGGGUGUGGCUUACGGGCCUGUGAAGGAUGUGGACUUAGGCCCCUAUAGCAAUGAAUUCUACCUCCAAGCCAAUGUCAAAGCUCCCCGCAUGACUGGACUAGUGGUCAAGAUUUUCACUCAUCUGUUGGAGUGUCCAAUAAUUGGAACCUUCCUACUGUUCAUAUUGAAGGGAAACAAUCUUAUUCACCGGCUUAUCACAAAUGCAGAGUUCCAAGAACCGCCUCUCUUUGUUCCCUUGCAUGAUUUUGAAGACAUAAAAGAAAGAGAAGUCAAAUGCUUAGACUCUUCUUUGUCUCCACCGGAGAAAGUUCAACAUGCACUAGAUUGUUUGCCUAUAUCUUCAGAAGUAACACUUGAUGGAGCAAAUUCUUCAUUCUGCCGAUGGACAAUAAUGGAUUAUGCAAAAGCUUACCGCUCUGGGGAAAUAACACCAAGCUUGGUUGCUGAACGAUUUAUUGCGGCUAUUGAUGAGUCCACAAAACCCUCCCUCAAAAUGGGAUUCUUUACUCACUAUAGUGUUGAUGAUAUUCUAAGACAAGCAGCUGAAUCAACUCAUCGACAUCAAAGAGGGGAACCAAUCUCCGUGUUAGACGGAGUUCCUGUUGCUAUCAAGGAUGAGAUAGACUGUUUGCCAUAUCCAACAACAGGAGGAACAACGUGGCUGCACAAAGAAAGGCCGUGUAACGAUGAUGCCUGCUGCGUUAAGCGUCUAAGGUUAUGUGGAGCCAUACUUGUUGGGAAAACCAAUAUGCAUGAACUUGGGUCCGGAACCAGUGGGAUAAAUCCACAUUAUGGGCCUGCUAGAAACCCAUAUGACACCAGUAAGAUAGCAGGAGGUUCUUCUAGUGGAUCUGCUUCUCUGGUGUCUGCCGGACUGUGUCCUGUUGCCCUUGGUGUUGAUGGGGGAGGAUCUGUAAGAAUGCCAGCAGCUCUUUGCGGUGUUGUUGGUCUAAAACCAACUUUUGCACGCAUACCACAUGAUGGAGUUCUUCCCCUAAAUUGGACUGUUGGAAUGGUUGGAAUACUGGCAGGCACAGUUGAGGAUGCAUUGAUUGUUUAUGCAGCAAUCAGUGGUGAAGUUCCAUAUCAGCAUACCUUCAGUGUACUGACCAACAUUAAUCUUCCACGGCUGAGUUUGACAAAAUCCAUAUCUGACAUCAGAUUAGCAAAAUACGGAAAGUGGUUUGAUGAUUGCAGCCACGAUGUUAGAACAUGCUGCACCAAAACUUUGCACAAACUUAAGGACAAUUACAAUUGGAAGAUCAUAGAUGUGACCAUACCAGAGAUAGAAGCAAUGCGCCUGGCACAUUAUAUAACAAUCGGAUCUGAGUGCUCCACUGCACUUGAUUCUUUUAAAGAAAAAAAUUUUGCAGAAUUAGGAUGGGAUGUAAGGGUAGCACAAAGCAUUUAUGGUGCUUUCAGCGGCAUGGAGUAUCUUAAAGCUCAGAAAAUGAGGAAUCGACAACUGAAAUUUCAUAAGAAAAUAUUUGCUGAGGCGGAUGUCAUCGUCUCACCAACAACUGGUGUGACUGCAUAUCCAAUUCAAGAUGAUGCUCUGAAGACUGGUGAACUUGACUACGUGAAUGGAGCUGCACUUGUUCGUUAUUCCAUAGCAGGAAACUUUCUGGGACUUCCUGCUAUCACUGUUCCUGUUGGAUUCGAUAGAUUGGGUUUGCCAAUUGGGCUCCAGUUUAUUGGAAGGCCUUGGUCAGAAGCCACACUGAUCCAUUUGGCAUUUGCAGUGCAGGCAAUCUGCAUCUCAGAGUCCAGAAAGCCAGAGCUUUUCUAUGACCUUCUAAGGAGGAAGAACGGUAGCAAUGGCAUGCCGUCUGAAGCUAAAUAA